AUGCGUUCAACAUUUUGCUCCAUGAUAGUGGCGCUAGCCAGUGGUGUAAUCGCUGCUCCACUUGAUUCAACUGCUGCGUCCCCUGCCAGCUUUGUGGGCAGUCCCGCGGAGUAUCUGAAAGGCUUUAAAAAUCCUACGAUCAGUAGUUCAGAGGGUGGCCACGCGAUCUGUCUUGAAGGCCUCGUGGAUAUCACUGCCUCCGCAGAGAACGUGCGACUCAACCUGACCGAGCCAGCUAAUCAGAUGGAGCUGACGAAUUUCCUGGUCGAAGGCGUGGCCACCAACUCGACGAUCAGAAAGCAGAUUGUGGCCGGCAAGGCCACCGUCAGUGGCACAUGGAGUAUCCAUUCGCGUCUCUGUUUCCCAUCAGCAACCAGUAUCAUCAACGCCACUACGGUACAGUUUCUCAUCCACGGUCUAGGUGCAGACACCAGAUACUGGGACAACGCCCCGGGGUAUUCAUUCGUCGACUACGCCGCCCAGCAGGGGUAUACGACUUUCAGCUACGACCGUCUAGGGAGUGGGCUCUCCGAUCAUCCAGAUCCUAUCAAUGUGGUACAGCAAUUUUUGCACAUCGAAAUUGCGCACGAGCUUAUCCAACUUCUCCGUACCGGCGGCUUUGCAGGUCAAAGCUUCAAGCACGUUAUUAAUGUAGGCCACUCGGCCGGAAGUGUCCUUAUGAAUGGGCUCGCGAUAAAAUAUCCCAAGGACAUGGACGCUGCGGUUCUCACCGGCUACACGGCCAAUCUUAAUGGCCAGGAGGCAGGAUUCGCCGGUCUUGACCUUACAAUUGCUAACCUAGCUACGCCUACGCGCUUCGCGGGCAUCUCCAACGGGUAUCUUACCGCCCCGGUUAUUCAAGGACCACAAUGGGCCUUUUUCCGCUCCCCAGGCUAUGACCCAGCGUUACUAAAUCUUCUCUGGGAGACAAAAGGCACCAUUACUCUCGGAGAAUAUAUAACUUCGAACUCCGUGAUUGGCGUAGCCACAAAUUUCACUGGGCCUAUCGACGCAGUCUCUGGUGAAUAUGACCUACUUAAUUGUGCUGGUAACUGUUAUCUACCGCGUAACUGGGUCGCUGGGCUAAAGGAGGACUUGUUUCCCAAUGCAAGCAAUGGCUCAGACUGGUAUGUAGGCCCAGGAUCAGGCCAUUUCUUGACCUACCACUACGCUGCGGCCAAUGCAACAGCACAUAUUCAGGAUUUUAUCAGGAAGAAUGGUUUCUAG